GAAAACUGAAAACAGAAAACAGAAAACAGAAAACCAGAAAAUAUAAAACAGAAAACAGAAAACAAAACACAGAAAACAGAAAACAGAAAACAGAAAACAGAAAAGAGAAAACAGAAAACAGAAAACAGAAAACAGAAAACAGAAAACAGAAAACCGAAAACCGAAAACAGAAAACCGAAAACAGAAAACAGAAAACAGAAAACAGAAAACAUAAAACAGAAAACAGAAAACAGAAAGCAGAAAACAGAAAACAGAAAACAGAAAACAGAAAACAGAAAACAGAAACAGAAAACAGAAAACAGAAAACAGAAAACAGAAAACAGAAAACAGAAAACAGAAAACAGAAAACAGAAAACAGAAAACAGAAAACAGAAAACAGAAAACAGAAAACAGAAAACAGAAAACAGAAAACAGAAAACAGAAAACAGAAAACAGAAAACAGAAAACAUAAAACAGAAAACAGAAAACAGAAAACAGAAAUUAGAAAUUAGAAAUCAGAAAACAGAAAACAGGAAACAAGAAAACAAAAACAGAAAACAGAAAACAGAAAACUGGAAAAUUGAAAACUGAAAACUGAAAACAGAAGAGCAGAAAAUCAAAAAAAAAACUGAAAAACAGAAAAACAGAAACACAGAAAAACAGAAUUACAGAAAAGCAAAAACAGAAACACAGAAAAGUAGAAAAAAAGAAGAACAGAUUGACAGAAAUCCGAAAAACAGGAAAACACAAAAACAGAAAACAGAAAUACAGAAGAUUAAAAAAUACACAGAAAAACAUAAAAUCUGAAAAUUGGAAUAUAAAAAAAACAAGACAGGAAAACAAAAAAAAACAGAGGAACAGAUAAUUAAAAUAACAGACAAACAGAAAA